AAGCAUUUGAUUUGUUUUAAAAACUGGACCUCGAAUAUGAUAAUGGAUGUCAUUGAAAGCGCGUUGCGUCUAAAGUGUUGUUUAAGAGAUACGCAUAGAAAGAGAUUGGAAAUUUUAGCGGAUUCCAAAGUAAUGAUUUUGCAAGAAGUAAAUGAACCGUUUUUAAACAUGGCGGUCUCAAAAGCGGCUACUUUGCUCGGCGCAUAUGACGUCAAUAUAACCGAUAAUUUGGUUUGGGAUCAAGAUUACAUGGGCAGGAUAUUCUCGUAUAUGGCGGAUGCUAUAUUCGUUGCUACUAUGACACACAUGUGCGUGCAAAGGUUCGCAGAACAAGCCAGUGUUCCGGUUCUAUGCAUGCGUUCCAGAACUCACGCCAGUAUACAAGCUAUGGCCACUAUUAUGUCUAUCAUUGAGGAAUUUGGUUCGUUAAGGAAUUUAAAUUUCGCGUACUGUGGAUCGCCUCACCCGGUUUUGAAUUCGUAUCUUCUGCUGUGCCCAAUGCUCGGAGCUAAUAUUAGAUUUAAAUGCUGCUGUCAGAAAUGUCCCGUGAGCCCAUUGCUUUUUAAAGCAAGUGAAGAUAUAACCGCAAAAACACAGACCGGACUCAGGGAGUGCUUAUCGAAAGAGCAAGUUUUAAAAGACGCGAGCAUCAUUAUAGCGGGCCCAUCUAACGCGAAGAAAGUUGACGAAUUUAAACUUUGUCUUUCGGAUAUAGAAUCUCAUACAAAAUGUAAGUGGAUAUAUUUUCACACCCUUCCCCGAGGAAGAGAAGUCGAUGACGAUCUCUUUCUUCAUAGUGAUUCCAGAACGUUUGAUGCAUUUGAAAAUUUCCAUUAUAUUGCCGCAGCUUUAAUGACUUAUGUAAUAAAAGAUCACAAAUUUUGA